UCAGAAUUUUACCCAAAGGCCCAAAUCCAUCAUCGACUUCUUUGGUUUAUAGCCACGAGGUUUUUACUAAUAUUUCAAUUUUUUCGUGAAUUAUUAAGAAAAUUUUUCACAUAUUUAUAACAAAAUGCCGCCCAGUAAUCCUUUGCCGCCUAAAGAAAACGCUCUGUUUAAAAGAAUUCUGCGUUGCUACGAGCAUAAACAAUACAAAAAUGGGUUGAAAUUUGCAAAACAAAUAUUGUCCAGCCCCAAAUUUGCUGAACAUGGAGAGACAUUAGCUAUGAAGGGGUUGACUUUAAAUUGCCUUGGGAGAAAAGAAGAAGCAUAUGAAUAUGUCCGUAGGGGUCUUAGAAAUGACUUGAAGUCUCCAGUCUGUUGGCAUGUAUAUGGGUUGCUUCAACGUUCUGACAAAAAGUAUGAUGAGGCAAUCAAAUGCUACCGAAAUGCUCUCAAAUGGGAAAAGGAGAACAUUCAGAUUCUUCGGGAUCUAUCCCUAUUACAAAUUCAAAUGAGAGAUCUGGAGGGAUAUAAAGAUACUCGCUACCAAUUAUUUAUAUUAAGACCAACACAAAGAGCAUCAUGGAUUGGGUUUGCCAUGAGCUACCAUCUGUUGGGUGAAUAUGAAAUGGCUAACAGUAUUCUAGAUGCAUUCAGAACUAAUCAGAUGAAGGGUCCUUAUGAUUAUGAACACUCAGAAUUACUUCUAUAUCAGAAUAUGGUCCUGGCAGAGUCGGGACAAUAUGACAGGGCUCUUUCCCAUUUAUUAAAGUUCCAAACACAAAUACUUGAUAAGUUGGCAAUAAAAGAAACAUGUGGAGAGUAUUAUUUGAAAUUAGAAAGGUUUAAGGAAGCAGAAACUUUGUAUGAAGGUCUGUUAAAAAGAAAUCCAGAAAAUGUGUUGUAUUACCAGAAGCUUAUAGAAGCCAAACGGCUUACUACCCCUGACCAAAAAGUGGCCUUCUUUGAUCUUUAUAAGGCGGACUUCCCGAAAGCAAUAGCACCCCGACGCUUGCAAUUGACUGAGGCUGAGUGUCCAGGUGUAUUCACCCAACUCGUGGAUGAGUACUUAAGGCAUGGCCUGCAUAAGGGAAUCCCUCCUCUACAUGUUGACCUUAGAUCACUAUACGAGGACCAAAGCAAGGCUGACGCAAUAGAACAAAUAAUACUACAAUACAUAGAGAAUUUGUCUAAGUUAGGCACAUUUAGUAAUGACACUGAUGAAGUAAAACAACCAGCGAGUGCACUGUUAUGGUCUUAUUACUUCGCAGCUCAACAUUUUGACUUUAAAAAGGAUACGGAUAAGGCGUUGCACUAUAUAGAUGCGGCUAUAGAACAUACUCCUACACUAAUAGAACUGUUUAUAGUUAAAGGAAGGAUAUUCAAGCAUGCUGGUGACCCCGUAUCAGCAUACCAAUGCCUGGAGGAAGCUCAAGCGAUGGACACAGCAGAUCGUUAUGUGAACAGCAAGUGUGCGCGGUAUAUGCUGAGAGCGGGACAUGUGAAGCGAGCUGAAGAUAUGUGCGCCAAAUUUACUAGAGAGGGUGUUCCAGCGACAGAGAAUCUAAAUGAAAUGCAGUGUAUGUGGUUCCAAACGGAGGCUGCGGCGGCGUACCAGAGGCUUCACCAGUGGGGUGAAGCAUUGAAAAAAGCACAUGAAGUGGAUAGACAUUUCUCCGAGAUAAUGGAAGACCAAUUCGACUUCCACUCAUACUGUAUGCGGAAGAUGACGUUACGUUCGUAUGUCGGUCUGCUCCGCCUCGAAGACGUGUUACGAGCGCAUCCGUUCUACUUCAGAUGCGCACGCGUCGCCAUACAAGUGUAUUUGAGACUUCACAGCCAUCCCCUACAGGACGCGCCGCAGACUUCGGAGCCAGAUACAGAAAAUUUGGCGCCGUCAGAACUGAAGAAACUUAGAAACAAGCAGAGGAAAGCGAAACGCAAAGCGGAACAGGAAAGCGCGCUGGCCGCGCAAGUACAGGUGAAACGCGAGCAACAUCACAAGGCGAGACGGGAGCAGGAACAAGGUGAUCCCGAAGCUCCGCAACUCGAUGAGUUGAUACCUGAUAAGUUAGCUAGGGUAGAAGACCCGUUAGAACAAGCAAUAAAGUUCCUUUUGCCACUCCGGCAGCUGGCUGCCGACAGGAUAGACACAUAUUUAAUGGCUUUUGAAAUAUAUUAUAGGAAAGACAAGCCCUUACUCAUGCUGCAAAGCAUAAAGCGUGCGUGGGCGCUGGAUAACACCCACGAGCAUCUUCACGAUUGCCUCGUAAGGUUCAAGUGCUGGUUGGAAGAACGACUUCCUACACUCAACCCGCACGUGGUAGCUGUCAUCAAUGCGGAGACAAAAACUAUGUUUGGCGAUCGCAGCGCUCUAACAAUAGCAGAAGAGUACGUGAGUGAAUGCGGUUCGAAAUCGCAAGCGUCCGCUUUAUGGGGUGCGCGUGCGCUGCGAAGACUCGUGCCGCAACGUACUAAAGAUGCGCUCGCGCUUGCCACUGCCUUGGAUACACCUAACACUACUAUACAGGGUUCCCUCGAAGUACUAGAAAGUCUGAGAGAAGGCGACUUCGGUCCUUGCGAAAAGGAAAUUGAAGCUUACAUAGAGGCGUGUAGGGUGAAAUUCCCUUACGCGAUCGCGUUCAAACCUCCGCCACCAGAAGAAAACCAUUCAGAAGAUCUACAGCCAAAGGAAAUUGACCUUAACCACUGAAGGCUAAAGGCAGGUCUGCAGUAAUUUUAUUCCGAGGCUUUUUUCUAGAUCAUAAUCGUAGACAAACUAGAAAGUUUUUGGUAUUUACCAGGAUUGUUGAAAGUGAGGAUAGUUGAGCCUGGUAGCCUAUCCUCCUACCCUCGUAAAUAGUGCAAAAUGACUUUUCAGAUUGGGCGAAAUUUCCGCAAGUGUCAAGCAAGGACACAACUUUAACAUUGUUUACACAAACAUCACCUUUUUAAUAAUUAAUUUUAACUUGUUACUACCUUCGUGUUUAUAGUUUUAAUUUAUGCUGCCGAGAUUAUUUAAUCAGCCAUUAUUAUUAUUAGUUGUUUCUUGAGUUCGAGUUCUCGACAGCAAAACACCACAUACGUUUUUUAAAUAUAUUAAGAUUAUUCGAAAAAAAGGAACUGUUUUUAGUUAUUUUUAAAGCAGCAUUAUUUUCCAUUUAAUUUGUUUUACUAUUAAGUUACUCUUUGAAUCAUUUUUUUAGUAAGGGUUAUGAAUACCAAUACAUUACUUAAUUUAUUUUGUUUUGUAGAAAAUUUGGUUUAUGGUAAAAUCUGUAUUGUCUAUGAUAAAAACUACACGUCAAAUUAUGUGCCUCGAAUUUCCAUAUUGACAAAGACUUUCUAGUUAUUCUAUAUACAUUUUAACGCAAUAAUGGUAAAGGAAUAAAAUUAUUGAAGGUCGCUUAGGUCCUUUGAAGUUUGGAAACACCAAAAAUGGUU